AUGUCGUAUCAGCGAAUAUCGCAUCGGCAAAAAAAGAAUACUACUAUGUUACAAACAUGUUCAACCUUAAUUGAUAAUGGAAAAGAGCAGGAAAUUGUUAGAAUUUUCCUGGACAAUGGUUCACACCGCUCCUUUGUUUUAUCAACUAUUUCCAAAAGAUUUAACUUUACAGUUGUUAGAAAGGAAAGCCUUUCCAUUUGCACAUUUGGUGCUAAGGAAACGGAAACAAAAUCAUUUAAUGUAGUUAAACUUAAAUUAAAGAAUGGAGAUGAUCCAAAUUUAUGCAUAGAAAUUGAAGCACUGGAGACAGACCAUAUUUCGGGUACACAUUUACCGACUCCGGAUAAAAAUAUUGAGAAACAAUUUAGACGUUUAAAAAAUGUACAACUAGCGGACUGUUAUGAAUUUAACAAUAAAGAAAUAUCAAUACUAAUAGGUGCAGAUUACUAUUAUGAUAUUGUCACUGGUCGAAUUACAUGCCUAAGCAAAACCCUCGUUGCAGUUGAAACAUUAUUUGGGUGGUGUUUGCAAGGCCGAAAUACGAACUUAAAUGAAACGUUUGCAAUGAGUGUUAUGGUAAACGAAUCCAAUAUUUCCGAUCAACUCAAGAAAUUUUGGGAUUUAGAGAAUUUGGGUAUCGAGGCAGAAGCAGCUGAUAUAGAACCCCCUGAGAAAGAAAUAAUGAGUGAAUUUGAAUCCGGAAUUACAUAUCAAAAUAAGCGAUAUAAAGUGAAAUUGCCCUGGAAACCAAAUAUGAAGACAUUAUUAGAAAAUAACGAGCAGAUAGCAAUGAAACGAUUUUUGAGAUUGAAAUCAUCUUUUACAAAUGACCCGUCCUUAUUUUGUGAAUAUAGCACUGUUCUAAAGAAUUAUCUUUCGGAGAAUAUUAUUGAACCUGUCCCAGUUGAUGAAGUAAAUUUACGCCAAAAUACAUUUUAUCUACCUCAUCAAGCUGUAAUACGUACGGAUAAGACUACAAGCAAAUUACGCAUUGUGUUUGAUGCUUCGGCGCAUGCAAAAGGUCAAUUAACUUUGAACGAUUGCUUAUACACGGGUCCGAUAGCAUUUGUUGCAGAUAUUAAGAUGGCUUUUCUCCAGAUUGAAAUAGAUGAAAGUGAACGAAACUACACCAGAUUCUUCUGGGAAGAAGAUCCAGGAACUGAUGAUGAAAACAAGAAAUUGGAAAUUUUUCGGAUGACAAGGGUGUUAUUUGGG